UGCUUUUUCUCCUCCCCUAAAACCCCUCACCCUUCUACUGAUUACCUGAGAGGAUCAACAAACCUGAUCAAUCCUCUGCAGUUGCUCAAAUCCCUGCAGUGACAUUUUACAAGUGUGUAAACGUCAACCAGAGCCUCCUCACUGCCACAGAGCUCAGACUCUGAGGAAGCACAGCGUGAAAAGUAAAGGGCAGAAAUCUUAAAUCAUGAAGGAGCAGAACUUCAGGAUCCCUCUGGACUUCAAGCUUGGUGUUUACUUCUGUUUUGUGAUCAUUUCAUCUAUACAAACGCCACUCGCUUAUUCGCAUUACAACACAGCCGAAUCAGUGAAAGACAACAAUCAGGUCACGACUACAGAGGAGCAUUUAGAGGAGGCUUUUGAAGAGCAAGGCUACUACCUGCAGCGUCUUUUCCUGGAGUAUGGCAGUAAUGGCACGCUGACGUAUGAAGGCCUGCAGAAGUUACUGGGCAGCCUGGGACUGGGCGAGGUCAGCGUCCUGGAGAUCAGACACGGUGUGGUGAAGCUUUCCUCUCCCAGCCUGGCUCAUAUUCACCAACACUUAAAAGCAGACCAUCAUCAUCAUCAUCAGCCCUCAAGCACAGGGCCAUUACAUAAAGUCCCGGAGCCUGAAACUUAUUUUAAUGCAAAAGCAACAGUGUCCACAACCGAUGUUAAAGUUGUGUCGCGUGGCUCUUCAGGAUGGGGAGAUGAUUUACAACCUACAGCGUCAUCUGGCACAGAAAAAACAUUAAUGUUCUCUGAUCAUCUGACAAAGAACCACCUCCAUGAGAAUUGUUUGAACGUCACACAGCUUCUGUGGAACUUCGGUUUGGAUCAGGCGUCUCGCAUCACCCCUGCUCACUUCACCUUCCUGUGUCCCGCUCUGCUGUAUCAGAUCGACAGUGGUGUGUGUCUUCGCCACACGGAUCCUGAUGUGCAGGAAGCCGGACAAGGAGUGGCUUUACUCAGAGCUCUGGGUUGGGCUUCUGUGGCACUGCUAGUAAUCAGUCUGCCGUCCCUCGUGGCCCUCGGACUGAUUCCUCUGAUCCCACUUGCUGCCCUCCAGACCUUCCUGUGCCCCAUGGCAGCCGUGGCAGUGGGCACUCUGUGUGGAGACGCCCUGCUGCACCUACUGCCUCAUGCAAACUCUGAGUCACACAGUAAUCACCAGGAUGCAGUGUUAAAGGGCCUGUGUGCGCUCGGGGGACUCUACUUGCUCUUUGUGUUUGAAAGUGCACUUGGUCUCAGGCACAGCUCUAAGAAAUCAAAGAAGCAAAAGCAGAACGUCGCAGAGGGCCGGGAGAUGGAGGCACUGGCGGGUUCCUCUACUCCUGAGCGCUCUGUGGUCCUUGAGUCAGGUCACGGUCAUUCUCACGCAAGGUCGGAUCGAAGCUCCUCCAGUCUCGGCACCAUCGCUUGGAUGGUCAUCAUGGGAGACGGAAUCCAUAACCUCACUGACGGACUCGCGAUCGGUGUGGCGUUUUCUCAGAGCCUGACUGGAGGACUCAGUACCACUGUUGCUGUCUUCUGCCAUGAGCUUCCUCAUGAGCUGGGUGAUCUGGCCAUGUUGCUGGCUGCAGGUUGGUCUGUACGGAGACUAGCACUCUUCAGCUUGUUCUCGGCCCUGCUGGGGUACAUUGGAGUGCUGACUGGCACUGUCCUGGGGCACCAGUGGGCACAGCACUCGCCCUGGAUCCUCACACUCACUGCUGGAGUCUUUCUCUACGUCGCACUGACUGACAUGAUGCCCGAGAUGCUGCACGGAGAUCGAGGUUCAUUGAGUCCUCUCAGCAGUUUCCUCCUGCAGAGCGUUGGCUUGCUCACAGGAGGUGCUAUCAUGCUGUGUAUCGCUCUCUUUGAGGAGAACCUCAGCGUUCACUUGGGCGAUGGAUGAGACAGAAAAUAUAGCAUGUGUGGAAUCCUAGAGCAGCUCCAAACCUUGCUAACAUGGACGUCUUAAAUGUGGGUUUGUGCUGAAAGGACAGUACAGGAAGAAGAAAAGCUACUUCGGCCAGCCUGAACAAUCUUUUUACUGAUUUGACUAAAAGCAGCUUUUGGAAUUUUAUUUUAUUUUUUAUUAAAG